AUGGCAGGAUUUCUAUCAUCAGUACCGAUCCUUGGCAAGAUCACGGGGAUAGGGUCCGGUUCCAGAUCCAUCAACUUACCCUCAGUCGAUGUUGACCAAGUUGAGACAAACCCGGACAAGAGGGCCCGGUGCCUGAAGCAUCUCAUUAAAGCAAACCAUGUCAACUACUCAGUCGUCUAUCACAACCUGCAAUUUGAUAACCACAACCCACACAUUCUCGCCUCUGCAUACUUCCUUGGCGCCAAUGACAUCCAGCUUAAUGAAAUAUAUGAGAAAGAGAUCAAAGAGCUAGAACCUUGGAAGUCUUCGCCGGCAGAGGUGGCAGACCUCGACUGGCAAGAUUUCCUCGGGGACAGGAGGUAUCAGCGGGCCUAUCUGGAUUACUUCGAAGACAAACUCGUAAUGAACUACUCUUAUGCUUGGAAGAAGGAGGUUGAGCAUUUCCUCUUCCAUGCUGAAACACCCCUCCUCCAUGGAUUGAUCAGCGGCCUUGGGCACCCUCUUAUCCAUCUGGGAUUUGCAUAUGAGGUGGAUAGUAAAGAGCUGGCUACAGAAGCUUUGUCUCUUUUAGCUGUCCAGUACAACUUCCUGCACAAGUAUCUGGAUGACAGCUCCUACACGAAGCCAUCGCCUAUAAACUCCAGUUCUCCUCUGGAUCUCCUAACCAAGAUGGCAGAUGACAAACGCUUCGACAGCCUGCCACGCAACCCAGACUACAGUGACUUGGAGAGCAUCUUCAACGAGCACGAAGAACUCAUCCUCGAGUACUGGAAUGGGUGGAAUCUCGAUAACCCACACAAGGCAUUCGAGCUGUCGCAGGAGGCUGCGGUUGCCUUGCUUGUUUCCACAGUUGUGCCCAAGACGCAUGCUUACAACUUUUUCGUGGUCCAUCUCCUCACGACGAGCCAUGCGGUCGGCAUCCUGUUGCCUUUCUUCCCCCAAGAGUACCGCGUGCCUCUCGUCCGCCAGUGGUGGCUGCUCGUCAUUAGUGUCAUGCUCAUGAAGAACCGCCCUCGCCCCGAUCCUGACAAUAUUGAGAAGAACGUCGACGGGAAGACGUGGAAAUAUGUGCAAGAUCGAGCUAUCAAUUCACCCUGGGCCCAUGACGCCCACUACGUCAAAGCUAUUCGUUCCAUGAAGGAGGCAGCCAAGACCUGGGGUGAUGCGCAGGAAAAGUAUCUGCGCGCAGCGGUCACGUUUGUUGAUAAUUUUGAAGGUUGGGCGUUUUAG